AUGGGUGUUAAAAAUCCACUGAUAAUGCAAGCUAAUUUAGUAGCUGGUAUAUUUAUGCUUAUCGCAGCAUGUAGUCUUGUGGUUUCUGGCUCAAGUGAAAUAAAUUCGUCAACAACUAUGACUAUUCCACCAAAUAUACAGAAUAAACCGUCAAAUGAUAAUGGUACUGUUGGUCCAUUGAGUUUAAUCCAAACUCAGAUUGAGCUAAAAAUUCAUACAGCUAUAUCAGUUAUAUUAGACAAAUAUUUUAUUGACGAAUUUAAUAAUAAACUAUUGCAACUGAAUGAUACACUGGAACAAGUCAAUCAAGAGAAAUCACUUGCUGAGUAUUCAGAAAUAACUAAAAAGUAUAUUAAAAGUUUAGAAAGUUUAGUAACUUGUGGAAAUCGUGUUCUAUCAUUGAUCGAUCAUCAGGUAAACUUGGAAAAAAAUUUAACAAUACUUGAAUUGGAAAUAGAAGAUAUUAGAAAAAAUAAUACGAAAAUUGAAAUGAAAAAUGUUACUGAUAAUAAAUUGCAAUCAAUGAUAUGCUCCACAAAUCAACAACACUCAAAUAUAUCACUAGAAUCAUUAGAAAAGAAAAGUGAUGAAAAUAACAAAACGAUUGAGGAGUCAAUUAUUGCUUUGCAGGAAGAACGAACAGAAAAAUUAAAAGCAAUAGAAAAUGAAUAUCAAUUAAACUUGACAAAUAAACAGCAAGAAAUGUUGAAAGGAAUAAUUUUCGAAAUGAGUCAGAGAGAUCUUUAUGGAUCAACUGAUUUAUUAAAUACAUUGAUAUCUAUUAUGGGAUUCAAUGAAGACAAUGUACCAGAUAAUUUAUUGAAAAAGAGACGACAAUUAUUCAAGAGAAGAUAUAAUGAAAAUCAGACAGUUGUAGUUGAUUAUUUAAGGAGAGUAUUUGAUGAUAUUGCUUCAACAUCUAACAGCCAAUUUUCUAAUAAAUAUUUUUGUAACAAAAAAAUGUCUUAUUAUGAUUCGACUAUUUGUGCAUUUCUCGGGGAAUAUUGGUAUGAAAUUGAUCUUAGCCACAGAAAUUUGGCUGUUCUUCCAAAAGAUAUAUUUACUGGCUUUGAAAAUCUUAGAUAUCUUCAUUUGUCGUACAACCGACUAUAUUAUCUUCAUUCAGGUAUUUUUGAUAAUUUAUCAAAUCUUCGUACACUCAAUAUUGACAACAACAAUCUAACGGCAUUACCAACAAAUAUAUUUACCGGCUUGAUAAAUCUUGAAAAGAUUUUUUUGUCGUACAACCAACUGGAUUAUCUUGAGUCAGGUACUUUUAAUAAUUUAUCAAAUCUUGAGAAACUUGAAAUGGACGUCAACAAUCUAACAGCAUUAUCGAGCGAUAUUUUCAAUGGUCUUGAAAAACUCAGAUGGUUAAAUCUAUCACAGAAUAAACUAAAAUCCCUUCAACCAGGUAUCUUCAAUAAUUUAUCAAAUCUUCAGUUGCUUAAAAUUGGGUACAAUAAUCUAACAGCAUUAUCGAGCAAUAUAUUCAAUGGUCUUGAACAACUUAACAAUUUAGACUUAUCAUCGAAUCAACUAAAUUACCUUCAACCAGGUGCCUUCAAUAAUUUAUCAAAUCUUAAGUGGCUUAAAAUUGAGUACAAUAAUCUAAUAGCAUUAUCGAGCAAUAUAUUCAAUGGUCUUGAACAACUCAUCAUAUUAGACUUAUCAUCGAAUCAACUAAAUUUCCUUCAACCAGGUACUUUUAAUAAUUUACCAAAUCUUCGGAGUCUUUAUAUUGACAGUAACAAUCUAACAGCAUUAUCAGGCGAUAUUUUCAAUGGUCUUGAAAAACUGGAAACAUUAUUCCUAUCAUUGAAUAAACUAAAUUACCUUCAACCAGGCACCUUUAAUAAUUUAUCAAAUCUCCAGUGGCUUGAUAUUGACUACAACAAUCUAGAGUCAUUAUCGAGAAAUAUAAAAGACAGAUCAAAUACAUUUUCUUAA